CUCCCCGAUGUAUUGAGGUGCAAUGUGAUCACCCUAAAUCCGUGAAAGAUGGUUUCAUCGAGGUGUCCAACUUUCGCGGAAAGUAUGUCUUCGGCUCUCUGGCCACGUACCAUUGUAAUCCCGGCUACAUUUUAUGGGGAAAUGCCUCAAGACUUUGUGGGCACGAAGGGACCUGGUCAGGUAUGACACCACAAUGCAAACCAAUUACUUGUGGCCAACCUCCGGAAGUGAGCAACGCGCGAUCCAGCUUAAUUAACGGUUCCACACUUUGGCAAAGCUUCGCUUCCUACGAAUGUAAGCCCGGAUUUAGGAUGCAGUUCAACCACAUCAUCCAAGGUGGUUCCAUUAAUCAGACGCAAGUGCAUUCGAUGUGCACGGAGAGUGGGAUUUGGGAAACGGUGCAGUUCUCAUGUAUCUUCGAUCCUUUGGCCAUCAGUCUGGAGGAAGGCAGCCUUUUGGAAGGUUGGAAAACGUUGAACGGGGACGCCACGAUGAAUGCGAGUGUGAUGGUGACGAUUGCCGUGCUGGCCACGUUGAUUAUCUUAUCUUUAAUCAUUGUGGACAUCUUCUUCACUCACAAAAGGAUCGCCAAAGAUGGAAGCCGCAAAACCUCCCAGUCUUCCACGGCCCAAUUGAUGCAUGAGAAUGGAAAAGGUCCCAAUGGAGCUCUUGAGGACCAUCACCUUUACCGCGAGAAGGAGAGUGGGAUGAUGUACAAUACCAUUGACACCCGACCUUCGGCGGCCUCGCAACGUCGAGAGCAUCAGGCACAUGCCGCCAAGCUCAAGAGCCAAUUCGAUACGUUCCCGAGGCAUCACCAGCAUCAUCAGCAUUCAGCCCUCACCAUCACCACCACUACCACCAUGACCAACAACACUAACAACACGGACUUGGGAGACUCGUCCACUUUGGGCUCAAAUGAGGCCGAGACCUCAUUGGGGAGGAGUGUCGUGGCCUCUGUUCAUCAAUUGCAACAACAGUUAUCUACUUUCAAGCCGCCUCAGUGCUCUCCCUUGCUCCUCCAAAUACCGGCCUCGCAACCGGGACACGCUCACCACCAUAGAACUUCCUCAGGGGUAGAUCUGGGCAGUCAUCGAUCAUCCGGGGACGGCGGCUCCGAAAUUGACAUGGAAUCCGAAGCUCCCUACGCCACGCUCAAAGCCAGAAACGAGAUUGAGACCGAGGAGGAAGAGGAAUCGCAUUACUCCCUUAUUCGGCAGCCUGAUGGUCGAGCUGACGACCCUGCCUACUCGCCCUUGGGGGUGGAUGGCGGGUAUUUAGGGUCCGCCCAGAGCAGCGAUGAUGCAGGCUAUGAAUCACUCCACCAACACCAAGAGGCCUUAAAGGCUGGCAACAUCCAGCACCCACCUAUGAAUAUUAUGGGCAUUGAAUCAACUGAAGUACGCGAAAAGGUGUAUGAAACGUUGAGACGACAUGAAGACAUCAUGACGCAAUCGGUAUUGAGCACCGGAUGCUCCUCGUCAGGGUCCAGUCAUUCGGUGACGGCUGUACCCGGCUCCAAAUCAAUCAAAGGCAUUCGCUCCAAUUUGGCGCUGCGAUUCUCCCACCCGGUACCGGAUCCUCAACCCUCGCCCCCCGAAUUACCGCCACCUCCGGAAAAUUGUGAUAUUUCGGCGCUCUACGCCAAAGUCGAUCGUUCUAAGAAGAAGAAAAAUCGGGAUAGCGCUUCCAGCAGCGAUACCACACCGUGUUCACCUCAUGAUAGGAGCUCAACAUUGCCUGGUCACGCCCAGAGUCAGGUAGAGAUGAGUCCUACCAAGAGCUUAAUUCAAAAGUUCAAUACCUUGGGCACCCACGAGCGGCUGGAGGGGGCGUCACCCGGGCGACUCACCGCCCAUCGGAAAGUGACGCAUGUCCAGUCCAACCCGACCCAUUCGACGUCAUCUUCCAGUUUGUCUACCACGCCCUCUUCCUCGGCCACGCCCACUGAGCCCAUGUACGCAACGAUUGGCAACAAGAAUCGCCGUCUGACCGCCUUCCACCAUGCCGCCAAUGUUUGAAGGGCAAUAGCUAAAACGCACUUAUCUUGUGAUAUCGCAUAUCAUAACAGCCUGUUCGCCCUCUUUGUGCCAUUUUCUUGUUCUGAGGCCUACUUGAAGGAAGACAAACCGAAUGGACGGACCCUUAGUCAAUUUGCUCCAUCUUGUUUCAAAUCUAGUCUGGUGAAUCCAAUCCAAUCGUUACGUCACACAUUUUUAUGUUGAUAAUCUUAUUCUCGCGUCAAUACAUCUUUUAAAACAGCGA